ACCCAAAUUCUUGUCCAGCACUCGGCGCCAAAGGACCCUGCGCGUUGCGGCGGAGCGUGGAGUCGCGCCGGCGGUGCUCGGGCCGAGGAGGGCUCGCACAGCAGACGUUGCUGUGCAGCUAUUGCGGAUGUUGCGGACUUGCAGAUUGGAGAGUCUCUGACUGAAUGCUUCUGGUAAUGUCUUUGCUGACAUCUCUGCACAGUAUCUCAAGGAACUUAUUGUGUGCUAAACUUCACUGUAGUUUUGUUCUUCUGUGAUUUGUAGGAUAUGUGCUUCAGCUAUGCCUUUAUUCAUAGACCUACAAAUAUCGGUUCCAAGUUUGCGUGGAUGAUAAGAUGGAAAAAUGGCAACAGUCAAAGACUUAGCAGGAAGACUUGGGAGGGAUUGCGUCUCUGAUGUCAGCAUUUUUUGCUGUGAUGGCACGCAACGAGACUCCGAUAGACAAUAUUGGUGCCCUGAAUGUAAGCACCCAGUUCACAGGCUUCAGUUCCACAACCUUACCUCCGCCACUCAGGAUUUUAAUGGCCAUAAUAAUGCUUGUCAUGAUUGCCAUUGGCUUCUUCGGCAAUGCCAUUGUCUGCCUCAUUGUGUACCAAAAGCCAGCCAUGCGUUCAGCUAUCAAUCUGCUUCUAGCUACUUUGGCCUUUUCUGAUAUCAUGCUGUCUUUGUUCUGUAUGCCUUUUGCUGCCAUUACCAUAAUAACAGUGGACUGGAACUUUGGGGCCUACUUUUGCCGGCUCUCAGCAAUGCUCUACUGGUUCUUUGUCUUGGAAGGGGUCUCUAUACUCUUGAUAAUUAGUGUGGACCGAUUCCUUAUUAUUGUGCAACGACAAGACAAACUGAACCCUCAUCGUGCCAAAGUCAUGAUUACUGUUUCUUGGGCUUUUUCCUUCUGUAUCUCUUUUCCCUCGUUGGUCGGGUGGACAUUUGUAGAAGUCCCAAGCCGGGCUCCCCAGUGUGUCCUGGGGUACACAGAGUUUCCUGCAGACAGAGCUUAUGCUGUGACAUUAAUUGUGGCCGUUUUCUUCAUCCCUUUCAGCAUCAUGUUGUAUUCUUACCUUUGCAUUCUGAACACUGUCCGCCGAAAUACUGUCAGGAUCCACAACCACGCUGAGAGCAUGUGCUCGAGUCAGGUGAGAAAACUGGGCUUGAUGGGGCUACAGAAGCCUCACCAGAUGAACGUUGACAUGAGCUUCAAGACCAGGGCCUUCACAACUAUUCUCAUCUUAUUUGUUGGCUUUUCCCUUUGCUGGCUUCCUCACACAGUAUUCAGCUUGAUGUCCGUAUUCAACAGGCAGUUCUAUUAUAGCCCCUCAUUCUACAUCACCAGCACCUAUGUGUUGUGGCUGAGUUACCUCAAAUCGGUGUUCAAUCCUGUCAUCUAUUGUUGGAGAAUCAAGAAGUUCCGUGAUGCCUGUCUGGAGUUCAUGCCGAAAACAUUAAAGCUCUUUCCUAAAGUGCCUGGACGAACAAAAAGGAGAAUAAGGCCAAGCACAAUAUAUGUCUGUAGUGAGUACCAGUCUACAGUUUAGGAUUAAACCAGGGGUGUGCUUAGGCAGAAACAGAAAGCCUGAAUUAAGCCACAGACUGUUUUCUUGCCUCACUUCUCUUCUACUGCCAUCCUGCAAUGCUGUCUUUGGUGUUGCCCACACAGAACAUUUCAGUUUUUCAUGUUACUCAUUUAGUACAUGUAACCGUAGUUUGACAGUAAGAAAACUGAAACUCUUGGCUAAAUAUUCUGCCAUUAAAUUGAAUCCUGUGCUA